AUGAGUCAUAGAGUACAACUUCUUUUGGGUGCAUACCAUAUGACAUUUCCUUUGAAAAGUGUUGACAAAACGAUUGAGAUGAAAUCUGUUCCAUACGUAUGUUAUGGCAAUUGUUUGUACAUUGAGUCUAAAAUAGCUAAUGUCACAGGCAUUUCAGGAGUUAAUAGUAAAGGUUCAGUAGAAUAUAAAUCCUUCUGUUAUGCAGUCAAUUCAAUGUUCAUUCCAAAUGUUCCUGUCAUAGCAACUCAUUUAGGUAAAUGGGUUCGCAUUAGUCCUCAUAAUUUGAAAGACAUGCAAUUCAGACUAGUUGACUUUCAAGGCGAGCCUGUAGAACUGAAGGCACCAGUGCGAAUGACUGUUGAAGUUGACUUUUUAGAAAAUAUUAAAUGCAACAGCUUACAAGAGAACUCAGAGCUAAAAAUAUAA